AUGAAAAAAGGUAAUAUAAAGAAAGUGAAUACAGCUAGGGCGUACCCCAGAAGCGACGUGAAUGAGAGAAAUGCGAAGUAUGCGGAUAAUGAAGAAUAUGCUAGGGCGUUCCCCGUAAGCGACGAAUAUGACAAGAACGAAAAGUCGCAUAUUUUAAUACAAUCUAAAAUAAGAUUAGCUACGUGGAAUUUGGGCACACUAACAGGAAGGGGUCAAGAGCUGGCGAAAGUAUUACAGGCACGAAAAAUUAACAUAUGCUGCCUACAAGAGACCAAGUGGAAGGGGUCGAAGUCACGAGAUCUGGGACUCGGAUACCAGCUCUUGUACUGUGGCAAUACUAGCAUGCGUAACGGAGUUGCCAUCGUCUUGGAUGAAAACCUCAAACAACGUAUUAUUGACGUAGAUAGAAGGAACGAUCGACUUAUGGCAGUGAAAUUGGCUAUGGAUAACCAACCCCCCUUGAACAUAAUCUCGGCAUACGCACCACAGACCGGGUGUGGCGAAAGUGAGAAAGAAGCUUUCUGGGACGAGUUUGAUGACUUACUAAUCUCAAUAGCACCCGAGGAACUAAAAUAUAUUGGAGGAGACCUGAACGGCCAUGUUGGAGCCAGUAACACGACGUACAAAGACAUACAAGGGAAGUUUGGUUAUGGCACACUGAACAAAGACGGAGAACAAAUACUGGAAUUCUGCGCGCGACAUCACCUGGCAGUAGUUAAUACCUUCUUUAAUAAAAAGUCGGAACACCUAGUCACAUAUAAAAGCGGGAACAAGCAAUCUCAAAUUGACUAUAUCCUCACAAACAGAGAUUUACUAAGAACUUUCAGAGACUGCAAGGUAAUACCGGGCGAAUCUUUGACCUCACAGCACAGAAUUUUGGUCGGCUGUAUAGCGCUAAUCAAGCCUAUAAAAUACACCACGGUCAAAAUCCCCAAAAUUAAGUGGCACUUGUUAAACACAGAAAAAGGAGACAAAUUAUUAGAGGAGAUACGGGAAAUACUAACUGAAGAUAUGAAAAAUGGCCAUAACCUUUCUGCGGAGAAUACGUGGUCUAAAUUUGAAAACCUGUGCAGGAAUUCAGCUGAGAAAAACUUAGGAAUAUCGAGAGGAAAGCUGCAUAAUAACAAAGACCCUUCAUGGUGGAAUGAAGAAGUAAAAGGCGCAUUAAGGAACAAGAAACAGUGCUUUAAACAAUGGCAGAGCUCAGGUUUGGACGACGACCGCAUACUAUAUAAAACCGCUAAAAAGCUGGCGAAGUAUAAAGUGGCGAAACAAAGAAAUUACUCCAGGGAAAAGUUCUACAAACGCCUUGAAAAUGCAAACAAUGAUAGAGAUAUAUUUAAGCUCGCCAAACAACGCCAUAAAAACGGUCUGGAUAUUAAAAUUAAUAAAUACAUUAAAAACGAAAAUGGCCAUUUACUAACAGAAGAUAACAAAAUUAAUGAGCGAUGGUGCCAAUAUUAUCAAAAACUACUGAACGAAGAAUUCCCGAGUCAACCAUUGAAUACAACCCCUAGCGUAGCUGGGCCAUUGAACAAAAUAGGUGAAGAGGAGGUCAAAAGAGCUCUGAAAAAGAUAAAAAACCACAAAGCAGUUGGACCGGAUAGUAUACCCGCUGAUCUGUGGAAGCUGCUGGGGCCUAUUGCUGUACAGUGGCUAACGAAGCUCUUUAAUCAAAUCUUAACCUCCAUGAAGAUCCCAAAGUCCUGGCGUCAUAGUUAUCUGGUACCUUUCUACAAGAACAAAGGAGAUGUCAGUGACUGCGGCAAUUAUAGGGGUAUCAAACUUACUUCCCAUACUUUGAAACUAUGGGAGCGCAUACUCAACAAUCGACUCUGUCAGUUGGUGUCCAUAUCUGAUAAUCAGUGUGGUUUCGCGCCAGGAAGAUCAACGACUGAUGCAAUCCAAGCCAUAAGGAUUCUGAUGGAAAAACACCGAACCAACAGAGAAGACCUCCACCUAGUGUUCAUAGACCUGGAAAAGGCUUUCGACAGAAUACCACGUAAAUUAGUUUGGGAAGCUAUGAGAGCACAACAAAUACCAGAAAUCUAUAUUCACCUGGUGCAUGAUAUGUAUCAAAACAUAAGCACACAGGUGAGAAGCCUGGCAGGACUUAGCGAACCGUUCCAAGUUAAGGUCGGAGUGCAUCAGGGAUCGGCACUAAGCCCAUUCCUAUUUAACCUAUCUCUGGAUUAUCUAACUAAAGACAUCCAGUCCCUCCUCCCAUGGUGCAUGCUAUAUGCGGACGAUAUUGUGCUCAUCGACAAAUGUGCGAUUCGACUGCAAGCGACACUCGAGCAAUGGAGACAGGCUCUCGAGAACAAUGGCCUCCAUAUCAGCAGGAGCAAGACCGAGUUUCUGAGAUGCAGUUUUAGUGAACAAUAUACGCCUCACAUAAGUGUCUCCAUCGACGGCCAGCCACUGCCCUGCGUCAAUAAAUUUAAAUACCUCGGGUCAGUGCUAACAGCGGAUAUCAACAUUGACGCAGACGUCACUCAUAGAAUUAAUGCAGCGUGGCUAAGGUGGAGAACCCUAUCAGGAAUACUUUGCGAUAGCAGGAUGCCAAUACAACUGAAAGGCAAGAUUUACAAAACUGCUGUAAGACCUGCCAUGUUAUAUGGUGCCGAAUGUUGGGCGGCCAAGAAGAUUCACGAAAAAAAGAUGCACACGAAUGAAAUGAAAAUGCUACGAUGGUCAGCAGGCGUAACGAGACUUGAUAAAGUGCGCAAUAAGUACAUCAGAGGUUCCUUUAAAGUUGCGCCCAUUGUAGAUAAGAUGGUCGAGAGUCGUAUGCGAUGGUAUGGGCAUGUGAUGAGGCGGGAAGAAGAACACCCAGUGAGGAGGGCCUUGGCAAUUCCUGAGAAAAAGAAAGGCAGGGGACGCCCGUUAGCCACGUGGUGGACAACCGUAUCCAAGGAUCUGGAACGAGCACAGCUUGAAAUACAGACAACCCAAGAUAGGAAAUCUUGGCGCAUAAAAACGAGGAGAGCCGACCCCAAAUAA